AUGGCUCCCACUCAUCGUCGUGGACCCUGGGUUCCCGAAGAGGACCAGUUGCUCCUUCAGUUGGUUCGCGAACAAGGCCCCAACAACUGGGUCCGCAUCUCUCAGCACAUGCACUACCGCUCGCCCAAGCAAUGCCGGGAGCGCUUCCACCAGAACCUCAAGCCCUCUUUGAACCGUGAGCCCAUCUCUGCUGAGGAGGGCUUGAUGAUCGAGCGGAUGGUCAACGAAAUGGGCAAGCGCUGGGCCGAGAUUGCACGACGCCUUGGAAACCGCAGCGACAAUGCAGUUAAGAACUGGUGGAACGGCAGCAUGAACCGCAAGAGAAGAGGUCUCCCUACCUCCAGCUCGCCUCACGCCGGACGCACGAUGCACGGACGGGUCGAGGCCCCAUAUGCGCGGGCCUCUCUGGGCUUGAGCAGCCCCAUCAGCCGUUCUCGCUACUCUUCCAUCUCCAACGACCGACCUCUCACUUCCUGGACCAAGUCUCCUUCAUCUCGGAGGGAUUCCUUCUCCGCCUCUUCCAUCGACUGCCCCCGCCAGUUGACCCCGAUCUACACACUUCCUGCUCUCAACCGCCCUGUCGAAACUCCUCUCACCUCGCCUGCCUUCUCGGAAGCUUCUUCCAUGGAACCUCCCUCCAUGAUCUCGGACCACAACUCCGUCUCUUCCUCCUCUCCCAGGACCAUCGCCUCGCCACAGCUUCUUCCCCUUCCGGUGGACAUGAGACAGCAAUACGGCGACUUCCGCAGGCAGAGCACUUCGGAUGAGAUCUAUGCCUACCACGAUCUCUCGUUGAAGCAACGGUGGAUCUCCGAUCACCAGCAAUGGAACCAGCACUCUCCGCUAUCUCCCACAUGGUCUGCUCCGAUCGAAGACAAGACAGAAGCCCCGCGCGACUCGCGGAUGGGUCUUCAGAACUUGCUCAACUAA